AUGGGAAAGAGGCGAAAAGGGAAGUGUACAGAGAUACAGGGUAGUCAGUUGCACUUCAGUCGCGACACAUCAUGGAUCAUAAGCUACCCGAGUAUUACAAUUCGACUGUGUUGAUGUUGUCGGUGAUCGGACUCUGGCCCUAUCAGAGAUCCGGCUUUCAAUUGUUUCAAAAUGUCGUUAUCUUCGUUGUCAUUAUUUUUUCGUCCGUCGUGCAGGUAAGAACAAAGCCUGAACUUUAUCCUGCAUCUCUCCAGUUUUUUUUCUUUUUUUUUCUUUUUUCCAACAUUCCCACGUACUUUGAAAAUGAAGAAACACAAACGUUUCUAUCGAGACGACAGACUCGAGCGUUUCCACCCGUGCGCCCGUAUUUAGUCGAAAAUAAAUGUCCAAUCGAUGAAUACCGUUUAAUUCGAAAUCAAACAACAAUCCAUCGGGACCGAUCGGAAUUAAUUAAUUGCCAAUUGUCGAGUUGAAUUCAAAGUUGAAAGUUUGAAAUUGGAUCUCGGUUUAACAGCGUCGAUGGGCAUGGGGGAGAGGGGGGGGGGGAUUCAAAUUUUCAAGUGGAACGCACAACGCUAAAUUUUCAUAUUAUUUUCGAAAUCGAUGCUGUCACGAUGAAUUGAACAUUUCGAUUGAAGGUGUAGAAUCAUUGAACCAUGUCUUUUUUUUUUUUUUUUUUUUUUUUCUUAAAAAUGCUUCGUUAGAAUCGUUAAAUCGACGCAUUGCUUACAGUUUCAACCUCUAUUUACGUUGGAGUGCACGGUAUUCAUGUUCCUACAGAAUAUGUCGCACGGGACAAUAUUACUUUCGCUGUUCGCUAGAUACGUCGUAUACUGGUAUGAGAAUGAGACAGUGAGUUGACAAAACUUGUAUUUGAACAUGAUACAUAUCUAUCGAUCGUUCUAUUUGUUUAAAAAGAAAAAAGGAACACGCGAACGUACAUUGUACGUUUACGCUCACAAUAUGAUAACAUCAGUGUUACGACACAUUAAGAAAAGAAAAGAAAUAUACGUAGCUAAGAAUGGAAACAAAGUGUUGCAUUCCUAAAACUACGACUAUUAAAAUAAAUAAUAUUUCUAAUGUUUAAAAUUGAAAGUAGGGCAAAAUGUGACUUAUCGUCUUCUUCAUUUAUCACGUCAGAUCAAGCGAAUCAUGGAAGAAGUGAAUUACGUUUGGGACACGGUGUACGAUGACGGAGAGCUCUCGAUUCUGAAGAAAUACACCUAUAAAGGACAAUAUUAUGUAAAAGUUAUAAUACUAAUAACAUUUCUGUCGAUGUUGAUGACGAUGGUGGCUUGCCUUCCUCCCGAAAUCUUCGACGUCCUCUUACGAUUGAACACAUCUCGAUCCCAUAAAUCUUUAUUACAGCUGCAAUAUUUCUUAGACGAACGGAAAUACUUGUCCCUGAUGAUGAUAUUUCAAGAAAUGAUGUACUUUCUAAGCGCUAUUAUAAUUAUAGGCACUGAAUCAUUGUGUGCCAUGUUGCUACAGCACGCUACUAGUUUAAUUGAAAUUGUUAGUUACCGUAUUAAGAAAGCUGUUCUACUGUGUGUGACUCAGUCCAAAGAUGAGAACGACAGCUGCAGAGAAAUUCUGAUUGCCUCCGUGAUUAUGCACAACAGAAUAAUCAAGUUCUUGUCACAGUCGAUAUUCGUGAUGAACAGUUUCGAGCAUGCACUGAUGUUCCUGGCACUUUUAUUGGCCGAGUUGUUUUUCAUAAUUUCCAUAAAUUACGAAUUUCAAGGGAUAUUAAAUUCCCUCGAGGGCAUUUACACGACUAUGUGGGUAACUAAAGUAUGCAACACCAAAUGGUACACAGCACCAUUGUCUGUGCAGAAAUUCUUGUUGUUCAUUCUGUUAAACAUUAUGUCAACUCGAGACUUCACCUUGUUGAUAGUAUUUUCUCCAUCGGUCAGAGGCAUUUCAAUGUGGGAAAUUAAAUCGAAGAAGCGAGCAAUCAGUAGUUCUUGAACCAUUGUACGCGAUGGUCGAUGCACUGGCGUAUUAUAGUUUCCCUAGGAUUCUCUUAACAAUAAUAGGACUUUGGCCGUAUCAGAACACGAGAUUCACCAUUUUGAAAAACAGCCUCAUCAACUUCAGUUUUUUUAUUUUCAUCGUGGCACAGUUAAUGGUCUUCAAAACCAGGGAAUUCAUGCUAAAGUACGUUUCGUUCGUGCUCAUGAGCUUGGGCUCAUUUGUAAGGUACAAUAUAAGUUGGUAUCAACUUUCUACAGUAAAGAAGUUUAUGGACAAAGUAAGGCGCGACAUGGAAAUGGAACAAGGCGAGACACUUCAGAUUAUGAAAAAGCACGCUUACAUGGCUAGAGUCUACGGAUUACGAUUCGGAUAGAAUUGUGCCGACGAACGAAACUCGUCUGAAGAAAUGUCCUAUAAGUACGGAUUACCUGAUACUUGAUGGCAAUCAUUUACUCCCGUUUCUACAUACAGGAUUCUCGAUAAUAAUUUUGGUAACUGUGUUCGUGGGAACGGAAACGUUAGCGAUCUUCGGGCUGAAACAUGCUGCCAGUUUGAGCGAAGUUGCCAGUUACUACGUGAGGAAAACUAUUUUCACAAAUUCGAAAUACCAAUGCGAUGACAAAACAAGAAAGGAUAUAGCAAAAGCCGUAAUCGCCCAUGUCAGAGGGCUAGACUGUCCGCAUCGCAAUCCGACUUGCUUUCAUCCGAAUUCGAAGAACCAGUUGCCAGUUUCUUACUUAUCCUUUGCGAAUUAGUGUAUAUGUAUUACUUGAAUUACUUGUGCGAACAAGCGUAUGAUUGCUAUAACAACUUUUCCCUGGAAAUUGUAUAGUCUUCAAAACGGGGGAAUUUAUGCUAAAGUAUGUUUCAUUCGUACUCAUGAGCUUGGGCUCUUUUGCAAGGUACAAUAUAACUUGGUAUCAACUUCCUACAAGAAUUCUGCCGACGAAUGAAACACGUUUGAAGAGUUUCCCCAUAAGUACGGAUUACCUGAUACUUGAUGACAAGUACCAUUUACUCCCGCUUCUACAUAUGAACUUCUCGUUGCUAAUUUUAGCAACUAUCUUCACAGGAACGGAAACGUUAGCGAUCCUCGGGCUGAAACAUGCUGCCAGUUUGAGCGAAGUUGCCAGUACGGAUUACUUGAUACUCGAAGAGAAGUGUGGUUUUCUCACGUUUCUACAUAUAAACUUUUCGAUAAUAAUUUUCGUAACUGUGUUCGCGGGAACGGAAACGUUAAUGAUCCUAUGGCUAAAACAUGCUGUCAGUUUGAGCGAAAUUACCAGGUAUAACGAGAAAUGUAUAAUUGUACGAUGCACCAUUUGUGCAUUUGAAAUAACAAUGCACGUUAAUAGUGUUUUAUUAAUAUGAUAAUAGAUCAGUAUUUUACUGGUGA